GUCCGGGGGGCCCGGGGAUGGCGGGUCUGCAGCGGAGCCCCGAGCGGAGCCGGACCUGCAGCUGCUGCGGGGGAAGGCGCAGAUCGGGCCCGAGGACGUGCUGCGGCUGCAGAGGAUCACGCCCGAUUACCUCUGCGCCCCGGAAGAGAACGUGUACAAGAUUGACUUCACCAGGUUUAAGAUCCGUGACAUGGAGUCAGGCACCAUCCUGUUUGAGAUCACCAAGCCCCCUGCUUCAGAGCGCGAUCGGGGGGACAAGAAGGAUGCAGACCCCAAUGCCGGGCGAUUCGUCCGCUACCAGUUCACCCCAGCAUUCCUCCGCCUGCGCCAGGUUGGAGCCACGGUGGAGUUCACCGUGGGAGACAGGCCCAUCAACAAUUUCCGCAUGAUCGAGCGACACUACUUCCGCAACGAGCUGCUCAAAAGCUUUGACUUUGAGUUUGGCUUCUGCAUCCCCAGCAGCAAGAACACCUGCGAACACAUCUACGAGUUCCCCCAGCUCUCGGAGGAGUUGAUCCGCGAGAUGAUCCGUCACCCUUACGAGACUCAGUCGGACAGUUUCUACUUUGUGGAUAACAAGCUGGUGAUGCACAACAAAGCGGAUUAUUCUUACAGCGGAGGCCCCUGACCCAAGGCAGAGCGGUGGAGCGGCGCUGCCUGUCACCAGCUGCCGGGCCUCGCCCCCCUCCCUCCGCACAUGGCCGAGGACUCCCUCCUUUUGGAAAGGGAUCCCUCCCCCCAGCCCCCGCAUCCUCCGCCGGGCCACCUCCUCUCUGGUCCCUCCUUCUCUUACCUGGCUCUGGAGCGGGGCGGGGGGAGGAAGGAGGGGGUCCCCCCAAGAUUUGAGGCUUUUCUCAUAUCCUGGGACAAUUCACUACCUAUAGCCCCCAUUCUGGGCCACCCCAGCAGCAGAGGGGAGACCCCAGAAGGGGCCAGGAGGCCUGGUUGGGUCACUUUGGCUAUUCUGCUGCCCGGCCACCACAGCCCUGCACUGGACUACCUCCCUCCCGAGCUGGUGCCUGAGGGGACCAUUCCGCCUCCUGAAGAAGAGAGUUUCCUUCUGGGCUGAGCCCAAAUCAGGGGCAGGACUGACCCACCUCAGGCUCUGGAAGGUCAGAGGGCCCCUAGGUGCCCUAACCAGCAGCAGCUGACCUAGUAUCUCAGUGACCAAGCGGGUUUAGCCCGCCGCUGGGGAGCUAGGAGGGGGAGACGGGAAGCCGGAAGAGGGAGAGAGAUGAUGAGGCCCCGGAUGGGCAGUCCCCAAGGUUCAUCCGGCUCCCUCUCUGCCCCUUUCCUUUCCCUCUUUUGUUUUCUCCCAUCCCUUCUCUCACUGCUGCCAUUCUGUUUCUCUCCUUCCUGCUCCUCUGGACCCCCAGGGAGCUGGAGUCUGGGCCCUUCCUCUCACCCUUAAGGAUGUUGCUGCCAGUAGAUUUGUGUCCCACCCUGGGCUGUCUCGCCACCCAAUUUGGCGAGAUGGACCUCUGGUCUGGAGUACCCAGCUGCACCGGCUUGAGGACAGCUCUGCUCCUAGCCCGGAUCCUAAGUCCCCAGUGAGGUGUAAAUGGAGGAGGGCAGCUGCGCUGGGCAACCUCGCUGAUCUCCCUUGAUUCUUUUCUGGUUCCCAACUUGAGAGUCUGAGAGCCAAACAGGCUGACCUCUGGUCCUCUUCACGGGCCUCUUAUUGAACUGAGCCCUGACCUCUGCCCUUCCCUGACUUUUGUGCAUCCUAAUGUGUAUGGUGGUGGGCAGAGGAGGGUGGAGGUGGGGUUUGGACCCCACCAAACCCUACUAAAGCUUGGGGUAGGGGUCAGAGAACUGACCGGGUCAAGGAAAGGCCAGGCUGAGGAGCUUGAGGAGUCUGGAGUCUCUCCUGCAUUUUGACCUGAUCCAGAGGGGGACUAUGGCCAGCUGGCUCCUGGGGAGGGAGUCCGGCUGCUGAGAGUGCUCCAGGAUGUUGCUGAUGGAGCAAGUGGGGAGGUGGGAUAUUUUCUGGGGCCAGUUUGGGGGCAGGUGAGGACUGCCCUCACCUCCUCGGGCCCCUGAGGCAAAGGGCUCACCAGGACCUCUCGGCCCAAGGUGUUUCUUAGCACCAGAUUAGGCCCAAACAGGCUCACUGGACUUCCUGCUUCAGUGUGAGAGUGUGUGUGCGUGUGUUGUGUGUGCACACAUGUGCACACGUGUGCCUGUGAUAGGGAGGUGGUCUCUCUGAAACUCCAUUUUUAUAACAAAAACUUUCUGGUUUGCAGGCAAGGAGCCAAGGGGACCCUCCAGGAGAUGGGAGCUGUGUUUUUAAGUCAGGUUCCUUGAUAGAAAAAAAUCUCACUGGGGUACCGAUUCCCGCCCCCCUGCCUCUCCUGGAGAGCCCAACCAGGAACACCCUCAAGAGGGCAGAGGGGGAACCCGACUUGGUGCCCACCGGAGUGUACCGGGGCGGGGAGGAGGGGGGGGGUCCCCCUAGGCAGCGCUUUGGUCGGUCGGGUGCCCAGCCCCCGCACCUCGGGUCAGAGCCCCGGGAGGAAAUGGGAGGAAGCCAAAUCGUUCAUCGUUGUCAGUAGAUGCUCUCUCCGCUCGUUGCCUGGUUGCAUUGGCCGGUGUUCACAAAGCAAUGAAAGCAUCGACCCACCCCA